CUAGCAACCGUUAGAGUCCAUGGCGACAUGAGUGGCACGACAUGAAUUCGUGUACAGGAAUGCGACAUUUCCUCAUCAUAUCUGAUGAUAUCUACCACUUGUUGGUGGUAACAGGUGAAACAGGUGAGGUUGUCCUGAAGACUGAACAUGGGCUGCGGGAGCUCCGGAAUAAAGGUGGUUGAACCCGCAGAACCGGGCAGCCUCGACACCACAGCUGAGAUUGAUCCAGUGUGCGGGAGUCCUCGUGGUGACUCAGCCGUCUCUAAAAACACAACAGACAGUGGAGUUGGUCUGGAUGCAGGAGAGACCAAUAUUCGAUCCAGGACACUUCCUAGGAUUCUCCCACCACUGCAAGCUCAGAGUCCAAGGCUGACUCAGGAGAGCCAGAGACCGGAGUCUAGUGUGAUUCUGGAGCAGCUGCUGAGUCAGGGCAUCAUCCCGGCCCAAAGCAGAGUGGCAGGCAGCGGAGAAGCAUACAACAUCAUGCUGGCCGACGCAGAGAGGCCGACGAAGAGGCCACCACCUCGCCUAGAGUCGCUGAAGAUCCGUAAAGAACAAGAGCUCACUAGAAAGGAAGACAUCGAUGAGAAGAUGAGACAAGUAGAGGAAAGGAGGAAGCUACGGGAGGAAGAGCUGCGAAACAAACUGAGGGUUAAAUCUGCAAGGCCUCGUGGAGCACCUCUUGUCGGAGCUGGGGAGGACAGCGUCCCAGAGGUUGAUUCUCGUCCAUCUUCCCACAUCCCAACCACAGCCAAAGAUCCUGACAUAGGCAGCAGUGGAGCAGAAGCAGCCGACCUACUCUCCUUUGCGGGCGAAUGACUCAACCUUUCAACAGAAUGAAGUCUUUUAACCUGGGGCUGCUCUACCCUCUGUCUAGACCACUACUAUAAUGCUGGCUCAGCACAGCUUAUUCCUAUCCAGAUUUUAUUUAGCAUGAUAGAGGCACAUAAAGUAAGUAUACAUAUAAAUUGGGAUUUUAGCAAGCAUACAGGUUUGCACUUGCACUUUAUAAUACUCUAGUUAGUGUUUGUUAACACUGGGCAAGGGUCACUUCAACACAUAGAACAAUCAGACAUACAUAUCAGUUUUGUCAGUUGCCAUUAAUUUGCCACUCUAGUGAAGAUCAACUUAAAGGAAUACUCUGGCAUUUUUCUCUCUCUUUCUCACCACAUGUAGUAUAUGUGAGAUUACCAGAGAUGAUACAUGAUUCCCUGUUUAUUCAUUUUUUAUUCAGAACUCACUUAUGAGGACGUCUAAGGGCAGCUGUUGGAGCAGUCACAAAAUUGAUAUAAAACACAUGUGUGUGGCCACCUGGGAAAUUUUGUCACUGAGGCUAAAUUCGGGAAAUCAACCAAUAAUGAGAGAAACUGUCUGUCUCAUCCAAAGACCUUUACUGUUAGAGUGUAAUGAUUUAAAUUUUUUAACUUACAAAUACAAAACUUCAAUUUUUCGAUGUCACUGGACAAAGGGGUCUUUUAGCCUUGCCAUAACGAAAAAAUGCCAUGCCAAAUAUUUAAACACUACCUGAGCUAAGUUAACAUUAAUUGUUUUGGCAUUUAAACACAUUUAUAUAUUUUGAGUAUUCUGUUAAAUGGUAAAAUGUACAUGUUGCCAUAUGGCAACAACAUGCGAUAAUGGAACUGUGGUGCAUGUGCAUUCAUGAAUUGAAACAGGCCUACAUAAAAAAAAAAAAAACACUAGACAUCUCUGAUAGUAUAUUUACAUUAUUUUCAAAUUCAAAGUAAGAAAAACUGCACCUUAUUUUCUAAAUUUUAUGUUUCAUAAGAAAGAAUUAAGAAUUCAAGAGAAAGAAUUAAAACUUCAUCCAAAACAUGUGAAUGGAUUUACUCCCUCAAACUUCAUCCAAAACAUGUUUGGAUCUAUUUUUUGUAUGUAUUUUGAGGGAGUAAAUCCAUUCACAUACUUUUUACAACUGAAAUUCCUUUCUAGAAGAAUACUGUAUAACUUUCACAUGCUGACUAGGUGGACAAAAAAAAACCUGAGCAACUUAUAGUCUGGAAAAUGCAGUAAUUGGAAUUGUAAUCUCAAAACAAAAUGUAUAUUUUGGACUAUAUGAUACUUUCCACCGUUGCACAUUGUUGCCAUACGGCAACAAUUUACCAACUACCCUGCUGAAUAAUUCUUUCAAAAAUUGUAAUAUAUUUUUAUAACUGAACUAAUUCCAAUUUGCCUUCAGACUUCUAUUGUAAGUAAGUUUCAAGUACACACUGGCAUUUUGUUCUUUUUUUGAGUCCAGGGAAGUUUGUUUAAAUUAUUGUUCACUGUAAUAUACUGCAGAUGUUGAAGAUGGUAUUCCUUUAGACAUACACUUGUGUAUUAGUAUAUUAUUUACUUCCUAUACUUUUAAUACUGUAUCAAAGUGAUGUACAAAACGGAGCUAAAUACAUGAAUAGGUAUGAAUGAUAGUGGUUAUUCGAAAGUAUAUAAAAGUCAAAGUAGUUGCCAAGAAUGGAAAUUUUUACUGGCUUUCUGUUCUACAAAACAACUAAUCUAUAUAUUAUAUAAAAUGCUCUUGUUUAAAGAUGUGAUAAAUCUCUCAACUGUA